UGCCACAUUCCAGCUUCACUCCGCACUUCUUCCACCACUCACAAUUUCAGCCGCCGUCAGCCUUAACACUUCACUCUGAAACCAUGGCCAAGGACAUGACUCUGCUGUGGGGCUCCGGCUCUCCUCCCUGCUGGAGGGUGAUGAUCGCUCUGGAGGAGAAGAACCUGAAGGGCUACAACCAAAAACUGCUUUCUUUUGAAAAAAUGGAGCACAAGUCCGAGGAAGUCAUGAAGAUGAACCCCAGGGGACAGCUUCCUGCCUUCAAACAUGGAGACAAGGUCCUGAAUGAGUCCUACGCUGCCUGCCUGUACCUGGAGAACCAGUUCAAGUCCCAGGGAAACAAGCUGAUCCCUGACUGCCCCACUGAACUGGCAAUGAUGUACCAGCGCAUGUUUGAGGGUCUCACACUAAACCAGAAAAUGGCGGAUGUCAUCUACUACAACUGGAAGGUCCCAGAGGGAGAGAGACAUGACUCUGCUGUGAAGAGGAACAGAGAGACUCUGACUGCUGAGCUCAAGCUGUGGGAGGGUUACCUGCAGAAGACUACAGGUGGUUUCCUGGCUGGAAAGACCUUUUCACUGGCUGAUGUGUGCGUUUAUCCAAGCAUCUGUUAUGUCUUCCAUUUUGGGUUAUGCGAGGAGCGCUACCCUAAACUAGCAGCCUACUAUAACCGUCUGAAGGACAGACCCAGCAUCAAAGCCAGCUGGCCUCCAACCUGGCUGGAGAACCCACAGAAUCAAGAUCUGCUGAAAGACAUCUGAGAUGCUGACACACUGGAACAGUUCCUGUUGUAAAAUAUGUAACCACUCCUUGUAUUGCACUACUGCAGCUGGCAGCAUUUCAAAGAAAUUUGCAUUUACUUUUACUGUGGUUUUUGACUUCCUAACACAAUUUGGUUGAGAGUAAAACUGCAGAUCAUGCUGAAAAUAAAAGCAAUAAAAACUGACUUGCAGCUAA